AUGCCAACCACCACGUCCGCGCCUGACAAAUCGAGACAGACUUCCGCUGGGAAAUCAUUCUUCGGGAGGAAGUUGCACAAGGAGAAACCGACUCUCGCGCCUCCUGGAAGCGCCCCGGGCUCUCGUUCCUCUCGCCAUUCCAAACGAUCCUCCGUCCAGUCCAUGGAUUUUUCCAACGACAUCGAUCCUGCAGCGCUGUCAAUGACGGCAGGUGUGAUUACCUCCAUCCCCUUUGAAAGUCUCCCCGCCGACACCAAGUCGCCGAUUCCCAUCGACUAUCUCUCCAAAGCCGAAACCUCGCCACGCAAAGAACCUGAUUUCCAUCAGUAUCCCGCUUGGAACCCGGCCACGAUCCGGGACAAUAAUGUUUAUUCUCACCCCACCGGCCCUCGUCCGCCACCACAUGCGUCUAACGUAACCAUGGCGGGAAGCUCUUCGGGGGACAAAGGUGCUCGGUAUCAACAAUGGGGACGACCGGGGAGCUCGGCUGCCAACACAGGGUUCAGUCACAACUCUUCAUCUACAGCUAGUGUCCACUCAGGUUCGAGCUAUUUCUCAUCGGACGGUUCAUCUCGAACACUGACCACCUCCCACUCUGCCGACCGCAACACCUACUCGUCCAAUGGAACCUCCAGCCGACUUUCUAAUGCGCAGGCUGCGUGGCAGUCGGCCCAGCCCGCGCAACCUGCGAAGUUACCAAGCAACCCUGAGCAAUACUUGACCCGUCCAAGGGAUGAUCGCAUUAAGCGAGGUUGGCAGAAUCUGCCCGAGCAGGCCAAGCGGCAGAUGCUUGCGUAUCCAGCCUCGAAAAAGUGGACCCUGGUUCAUCAAGAUCGGUUGACGGAAAUUCAAGGCGAACAAAAGCGCAGGCAGAAUGCCCGGCAGACCCAUGGCCAUGAUGGGCCGUCGGGGAUUCUGGAGCGGGCCGAUGAAGAGGGAAGCCCAGAGUGGUACGUGAAGAAGGUUAUGGAUGACUCAAUUACGUCGAAACAAUUAGCUAGUUUGAGCGUCAGUCUGCGCACACAACCAAUCAGUUGGGUGAAAGCCUUUGUCGAAGCACAAGGCCAAAUUGCCCUGACAAAUGUUCUUGCCAAGAUCAACCGGAGAAAAGCUUCUGGUCCUGUUCCUGCACCCCCGACUGGUGACAAGGAUCUGGAUCGUGAAUAUGAUAUCGUCAAGUGCCUAAAGGCUUUGAUGAACAACAAAUACGGCGCAGAUGAUGCCCUCGCUCAUCAGCAGGUUAUUGUUGCUCUCGUCAGCUCGCUGCUGUCUCCCCGACUGAAUACAAGGAAGCUGGUCAGUGAAGUCUUGACCUUCCUUUGCCACUGGGCCGAAGGGCAGGGCCAUCAGAAGGUCCUCCAGGCUAUGGACCAUGUGAAGAACCACCAUGGAGAGACUGGUCGUUUCGAUGCUUGGAUGCGUAUCGUCGAAGUGACGAUCGAUGGCCGUGGAAAGAUGGGUAGUCUGGUGGGCGCGAGCGAGGAAUACCGCAGUGGUGGUAUAGGCAUGGAAAACCUUCUCAUGGAGUAUGCCGUCUCAACCAUGCUCCUCAUUAACAUGUUGGUGGACGCCCCGGAGAACGAUCUGCAGCUCCGCUGUCAUAUUCGUGCGCAGUUCACCUCUUGCGGCAUCAAGCGUCUCAUGACUAAAAUGGAAGGCUUCCAAUAUGAGGUCAUUGACAAGCAGAUUGAGCGGUUCCGCGAGAAUGAGGCCAUCGACUACGAGGAUCUUUUGCAACGCGAGAGUAGCAGCGUGAAGGAUAGCAUCGAGGGCGAGGUGAAGGACAUGAGCGAUCCUCUACAAAUUACAGACGCUAUUGCGUCAAGGAUCACAGGUACUCGAGCUCACGACUACUUUCUCUCUGCUAUGCAACACAUGCUCCUCAUCCGGGAGAAUUCCGGCGAAGAUGGUCUCCGGAUGUACCAGCUCGUCGACGCCAUGCUUAGCUACGUGGCCAUGGACCGCAGGCUACCUGAUCUGGAUCUCCGCCAAGGGUUAACAUUUACCGUGCAGAGCCUUUUGGAUAAGUUACAUACAGAUUCAGAGGCAAGACAGGCGUACGAUGAGUCCCUAGAAGCGCGCCAGAUUGCGGAGGCUGCUUUGGCAGAGCGGGAUGAGAUGAAGGCACAGAUUGAGCUGGGUGCAGACGGCCUAGUGAAGAAGUUGCAGAAGCAAAUCGAAGAGCAGACUGGCAUCAUCGAACUUCAACGGAGACGGGAGGAGUCAAUACGGGCCGAGCUCGCCGAUGUUCAACGCUUGCGCGCUCAGGAGUUGCAACGGAACGAACUGGAAACUAGAGAGCUCUACCUGAUGCUUCGGGACGCCCAGGACAUCGCUGCUUCAAAUGCAAAGAAGAACAACCUCGCAGAAGUCGAUCCAUCCCAUAUGAGGGGCAUCAUGGACCGUGAAAAGCUCCUCGAGCGGUUGGAGAUGCAGCUCGAGCGCACCAAGACCCAAUUUAAGUUGGAGGGCAAGGUAUGGGGUCAACAUGUGACCUCAGACCGGCUGCGUGAACUUCGUGAGCAAAUGGACGGUGAUGUUGGACCGCAAGAUGGGUUCCAAGACCAGGUUCAUCACGUUGCGGGUCUGGGAUCUGUUCAGCGCAAGCGAAGCCAUCUGCCCGGCAUGGAGAAGGAUAUUGUCGAGGGUCAGCAGCAGGAGGGUCAGGUGGAUGAGAACGGAGAGAUCAUCUACGAGAAGGCGCGUCUGGUCGACCUCCAUCGGCCACGACUUAACCCUAAGCAGGCGAACGGCCUCCUUGGAGAAAUUGCCUCGAAGGUUCCUAAGAUCGACGCGGACGACAACGAAGCCGCACCUGACGUUCCCGAAGCCACGGCGCCUGUCAUCGACGAACCCAAGAUUGAGAGUGAAAUCGAGAAGCCCGAGGCCAAGGGGGCGCCCGCUCCACCCCCGCCGCCGCCACCACCACCACCUCCUCCUCCCCCAGGCGCUGUGGGCAUUCCUCCUCCACCCCCUCCCCCUCCACCGCCGCCGCCUGGUGGUGCUGUCGGAAUCCCUCCCCCGCCCCCUCCUCCCCCGCCGCCGCCGGGAGGAAAGGUUGGAAUCCCCCCUCCACCUCCUCCGCCCCCUCCUCCGGGCGGUGCAGGAUUUCCGCCGCCGCCCCCCCCUCCGCCAGGUGCUUCAUUUGGCGCUCCGCCUCCCCCGCCUCCUCCUGGCGCAGGCUUUGGCGGAUGGCGAGCCAACUACAUGGCCUCUCAAGCCCUUCCUCAACACAAGACAGCUCUUAUGCCCUCUAUCCGGCCAAAGAAGAAGCUCAAGGCUCUUCACUGGGAGAAGGUUGAUACUCCACAGGUGACGGUGUGGGCGGCUCACGCUCCCACUGCACAGGAGAAGGAAGAGAAAUAUGUAGAGUUAGCCAAGAAGGGUGUGUUGGAUGAGGUUGAAAGAUUGUUCAUGGCGAAGGAGACCAAGAUCUUUGGAGGCAAUGCAGCAGCCAAGCAGCGCAAGGACAAGAAACAGCUCAUCUCCAACGAGUUGUCCAAGAACUUCCAGAUCGCAAUGGCCAAGUUCUCGCAAUUCCCCGCCGACGAUGUGGUGCGCAUGAUUAUCCAUUGCGACACAGACAUUCUGGACAACCAGGUCGUCAUGGAAUUCCUGCAGCGAGACGAAAUGUGCACAAUCCCGGAGAAUAUUUCCAAGUCGAUGGCGCCCUAUAGCAGGGACUGGACUGGCCCCGAUGCUGCUAGUGCGGAGCGAGAGCAAGACCCCAAUGAGCUUACGAGGGAAGAUCAGAUCUACCUAUACACCGCGUACGAGCUCAACCACUACUGGAAGGCGAGAAUGCGCGCUCUCGCUCUGACUCGGUCCUUCGAAGUGGAUUAUGAGCACAUCUCCGCCAAGCUGCAACAAGUGGUGCAGGUCAGCGAAUCUCUGAGAGACUCUGUUUCACUGAUGAACGUCCUGGGUCUGAUCCUGGACAUUGGUAACUUCAUGAACGACGCCAACAAGCAGGCUCAAGGUUUCAAGCUGAGCUCUCUUGCCCGGCUGGGCAUGGUCAAGGAUGACAAGAACGAGACCACUUUUGCUGAUUUGGUGGAGCGCAUUGUUCGUAACCAGUAUCCCGAAUGGGAAGGCUUCGUGGACGAGAUCAAUGGUGUCAUCGCUAUUCAGAAGCUCAACGUCGACCAGCUGCGGACGGAUGCAAAGAAGUACAUUGACAACAUCAAGAAUGUACAGGCCAGCUUAGACGCCGGAAAUCUCAGUGACCCCAAGAAGUUCCACCCCCAGGAUCGCGUUAGCCAGAUCGUUCAGCGGAGCAUGAAGGAUGCUAGACGGAAAGCCGAGCAGAUGCAGCUCUAUUUGGAUGAGAUGAUAAAAUCCUACGAUGACAUCAUGGUCUUCUAUGGAGAAGACAAUUCCGAUGAGGGUGCCCGACGGGACUUCUUCGCAAAGCUGGCUUCCUUCUUGCUGGAGUGGAAGAAAUCCAAGGAGAAGAACAUUUCGCUGGAAGAAAGCCGGAGACGCACCGAGGCGUCCUUGGCUCGCAAGCGGAAUAUCAAUGCCGGUCUUGCUAAUGGCGCCGCCUCUGCUAGUGACGCACCACCGUCGCCAGCUACAAGUGGGGCCAUGGAUUCGCUCCUGGAGAAGCUCCGCGCCGCUGCGCCCCAAGCCAGAGACCAGCGUGACCGUCGUCGUCGUGCUAGGCUAAAGGAGCGACACCAGAUCCGCGUUGCUUCUGGCCAGAAGAUGCCGGAUGUUGCUGGAGCUGAAGCGCCGGAAGGAGGGAAUGAAGCCGAAGAAGACGGAACUAGCAACAAGGCGGGCAACGACAAUGACAGCGAAGCAAAUGCCGCCGAAUCGGGGUUGCUGACUCAAUCCAUAUUCGAUGCCGAUUCCACCAUAUAUGCGCUUUCGACAGCAUCUGGACGGGCUGCCAUUGCCGUUGUGCGGGCAUCGGGACCUGCAUGUGUGCAAAUCUACAAAUCUCUCUGUCCAGAAGCACCUCUUCCCCGGCCCCGCCUCGCAGUCGUCCGCACCCUGUACGAUCCCUCCCAGAAACCCUCCCCCAACACCGUCCUCGACGCCGGCGCCUUAGUCCUAUAUUUCCCCGGCCCGAAGACCGUGACUGGCGAAGAUGUGCUCGAGCUGCACCUCCACGGUGGCCCAGCCAUCGUCAAAUCCGUUCUGUCAUCCAUCUCGCGUACAAACAACCCUGACUACACAGUCCGCUACGCCGAACCCGGCGAAUUCACCCGUCGAGCCUUCAUGAACAACCGCCUAGACCUCCCGCAGAUCGAAGCCCUGGGCGAUACCUUGUCCGCUGACACGGAGCAACAGCGCCGGCUUGCUGUCCGGGGUGCCAGCGAUGCGCUAUCGAAGCGGUACGAACAAUGGCGACAUCAAUUGCUCUAUGCGCGCGGCGAACUAGAGGCGUUGAUUGACUUCUCAGAGGAUCAGCAUUUCGACGAGUCCACCGAGGACCUGGUGUCCUCGGUUGCGGCUCAGGUGCGGGCUCUGCGGGCUCAAAUCGCCCUUCACAUCCAGAAUGCGUCGAAGGGCGAGCUCCUACGUAACGGAAUCAAGGUCGCUCUCCUGGGGGCCCCGAAUGCGGGGAAGAGCUCGCUUCUGAAUCGAAUCGUUGGCAGAGAGGCCGCCAUCGUUAGCACCGAGGAAGGCACCACGCGGGACAUCGUGGAUGUCGGUGUCGACAUCGGCGGCUGGUACUGCAAGCUCGGCGACAUGGCAGGGAUACGCUCCGAGCCAAAUGAUCCUACCGGACAGAAGAAGACGGUUGUGAUUGGCGCCGUGGAACAAGAGGGCAUCAGACGGGCAAAGGCACGUGCCUUGGAAUCGGACGUGGUCAUCGUGGUCGUCUCAGUAGAAGAAGCCACCGAUGGUACAGCGACGUACCGCCUCGCCGUCGAGCAGGAGGUCGUCGACGCAGCCAACGACUGCGCUCGCGCCGGCAAGUGCGUCGUCGUAACCAUCAACAAAUGUGACCGAUUACCGGAGGGUAAACUGCCCGCGCAGCUCAUCGAGACAGUCAGCCAACUCUUCAAGGCGGCGCCGGACCAGCGCCAGCGUAUCUUCGGCAUCUCCUGUCUAGAUGCCACCAACGGCCUGAACCUCACCAGCCCCGGUUCCAGCCAACUCUCCGAUCCCGGCUACAUCCAGCAAUUUCUACAAGGUCUGAUGACUACAUUCGAGGAUAUCGCCUCUCCAACAGGUAUCGAUGGGGACGAGAACGGAAAAUACGAUCAUGCAUAUUGGGAAGAUUCACUCGGCGUGACGCAUCGCCAAAGCUCUAAUUUACAACGCUGUCUCGAACACCUAGAUGAUUUCCUGACGCAAACUCAACCGCAAUCCCAGACGCCUAUGCCUUCCUCAUCUCGCCAAUUCGCUCAUGAAUUCCCAGAAACGGACAUGGACAUGGACAUUGACAUCGUCACCGCCGCUGAACACCUGCGCUCUGCCGCUGAUACCAUGGCGAAGAUUACGGGCCGUGGGGAAAGCGGAGACGUGGAAGAUGUUUUGGGCGUUGUGUUUGAAAAGUUCUGUGUGGGCAAGUGAGGGAGAUCUAUAUAAUGAUAUCGGAAAUCAUAAAGCACAUAUGCUCUCCCAUCCGGAUGAUGUCCUCUAUGGCGCGUCGUAUGCUAUACCGCCUCUGUGACGGGCUGGUGCUCGUUGUACCCGCCACGACCCUGCGGGAGCAGCGGAGCAAAAGAAAGUGGCGACAGCGGCAGCGACAGAGAUAGAGAAAAAGAGGACGAACUUGGCGGUGCGGGCGUUGGCGCAGUAGUCUCGGGGGCGUUGUAUCCUCCUCGGCCCAUGGUGAUGGUCUUGUGUGAUCAGAUUUGUAUAAUAGAUGGUGGUGAUAGAGUAUUACUCUGCAAAAAGAGCGCUGUAUGUAUAGUAUUUAUCCGGCACGAAAUGAAGAGAGCAAUCACGAUCUCAGA